AUGUACCCCGGUGUUAGCUCGGUUAUGGCAGCUGCACAACGACCCUCAUACAGCACUGUAGAUAUCAUGCUUCGAAGGAUACCGGAAGGCCAAGCAGGGCGUUCUGUUUACGAUUAUGACACAAAGGAUGAUCUGAGGAAGGCUCUGCAUUCAAUGGGGACGCAGCCAGCCGCCAAAGCGUCCAGCCGUCCUUCCAGCAAAAAGGAACCAAUACCCCAAACAGACACUAUUGAAUCUAUUGGUGACCUCUUCGUAGAUGGAUUGGAGAAGAAUCUUGAUUGGAUUGUUGACGGUUAUGAUAAAGAUGCGUCCAUUGCUCCUGAUCUGGAGGCGGAGUUGCGCAGACUAGCUGUGCUCAAGAGCUAUAGGCUUGUUGGAUCCAGUAAGAAUCCAUCGCUGGAGAGACUCAUAUCCAUGGCAAGCAGGAUCAUGCGGUGCCCCAUGGCCAAAGUCAAUGUCAUAGAUUUAGGAAAGGUGCAUUUUCUUGCAUCUCGGGGUCUAGGGGAUACAACGGAUGCACCUAGAAAUACGUCGAUGAGUUCACAUGCAAUCAUUAGCAAAUUGGACCUUCUAAUUGUCCCAGAUCUUUUGAAAGAUGAAAGAUUCAAAGGGCAUGCCCACGUUCAAGGCCCCCCAGGGAUGCGUUUCUUCGCAGCAGCCCCUUUGCAAUGUCCUGAGGGCUACCGUCUCGGUACUCUAAGCAUCAUGGACACAGAGCCGCGUCCUGAGGGUCUGACACUGGAUGAGAAGCAAAGUCUAAGGGAACUUGCAGACAUGGUUAUGGAUGUAAUGGUGGAACAUCGAGAAUCGAAGAAUCACCAAUAUAGGCAGCCUGCGCAGCUUAUUGCUUGCACGUCAAAUGACCUCAUCACACCUUUGAAGGGUGUCUUGUCAGGCUUAUCGUCCAUUGCGGAAGAUGAGUCGUUGCGCUCAUCUCUUUCAUCACAGCAACAAGAACUGAUAAGAACAGCAGUCACUUGUUCAUCAGUGAUGGGGCGAAUGUGCAUGAAGUCAAUCCAUUCUUUCCACUUGGAUCCCGCAAGCGUUGGAUCGUUUGGAGCCAUAAAUGCAAAAGGAGAUGACAACUUGAUGAACAUUCAACGACUUGUGAAACAUCUCCACACUGUCAUGGAGCCGUUCCCCAAACAAGUUCCCAUGGUAAUUACAACAGCUCCAUCCAUUCCAGACAUUGUCGUUGCUGACGAGUUAAAGAUCUUUCGAUCUGCUGUCAACUAUUUGACGAAUGCUUGUUCCACAACGAAGACUGGUUCUGUGCACCUAAAAAUUUAUCUCCGCGAGGAUGAGGACAAUGCAGAAUCCGAGUCUCAGAAUAUUGUAUUUUCUGUCGAGGAUACAGGGCCAGGAAUCAGCGUUGAUAAGUAUCAAUACCUAUUCCAACCUAUGGUCGAUGAUAACGAUCCUUUGAGUUCAUACUGUGUCGAUUCCUUGUUGGGAUCAGCUAGCAGUGCUGCAUCCAAGACCAAGAUGCAAUCUGGCAGCUUGGGACUUUAUUCUGUGGCCAUGCAAAUAAAAUCUAUCGGUGGAAAGUACGGAUUCCGGCCAAGAGGUUUCACCGAGUACGGCUCCCAAUGCCUCGGUCCAAAUGGUGAACCAAUGAAGGGCUCCGUGUUUUGGUUUAGCAUCCCACUUGUGCUUCCAUCGAAACAAAAGGCUACGAAGGAACAGGACGAUACAUUUGAAAUGAAGGACGCAACUGAGGACGAUGGGGCAGUCGUCGCGCACUCCGACAACUUGCGCAUGUUUGAAAGUGCCGAAGAGCUGACCGGUGGCGAUCGAAGGAUGCGCGCCCUCUUAAUUGACGAUGAUGUCAUCUUCCGCAAGUCAAUAGCCAACAUGCUGACGAAGGUAGGCUUUGACGUGGUGGUGGCCGAUAACGGAGUGAAAGGCUUGCAGGCUCUCAAAGAUGAAAUUUACGACAUUGUGUUGUGUGAUUUCUUGAUGCCAGUACUCGAUGGGAUCGAUUGUGUUCGUCAAUACAGGCAGUUUGAAGUUGCUCAUCGGCCAUGGUUCGACCAAUUCAUUGUGGGCAUUUCUGGUCACGUGAAUGAAGAGGACGUUGAGCGAGGUCUGAAAGCUGGUAUGAAUGACUAUAGGUCCAAACCUAUCACCAAAGAGGAUUUGGAAGAAAUCACCGAGAGCCCGGAAUUCCAGUAUGUGAAAGCCAGGCUAGAUGAAAUUGCAUUUGAAAACGAAGAGGACAGUCGCGAAGUGGCGAUGCAAGUGGAUAUGGGUGGAGGGGACGCUGAAGAAGCUUUUCACGUUUGUUUGGUGGCUACCGAGAGUGGAAGUUCUAUGUCCAAUAUUGCAGACAAAAUAGAGGAACUACCAGCAUGGAAGGCAAUCAAUGUUGAGGGAGGCGAAGCAGCACUUCGGCUUUUGAAAAUGCGGAAUUGGGACGCUGUUCUUUUGGAUGAUGAAUUGUCAGGUCUUACGAGUAGCCAAUGCGUUGUGCACUUCCGAGAUUGGGAACAAAAGAAUCGAGUGAAUAAACAAAAGCACGUUCUUCAGAUCAGCUCAAGUUUCAUCCCAACCGAGAUGGAGUCAAAGUCGUCAUCAAUGCAGCUUCCUAUUGGAUUUGACAGCGCUUUGGGGAAGCCUCUGUCUUUCAAGCAAUUGCAGAACUUUUUGAAGCAGGUUCAACAAGAGAGCAAGGGAUCGCUAUAG